AUGUCCCAGCGCGUACAGUGUUUUGUGCUGCAACUCAAGUCUACUUCUAAGCUAGUUCUCGAGACAUUAGAUACAUUUGUGUCUAUGAUUGACUCACUAUUAGAUUCAAUCGAUGAGCAACAAAUGGCACAAAUACAAGAGUAUAUCGAAAGGGCCCAAAGCGCAUUAGAGCGAGCUCAAAAAGUGGCCAUACAACUCGAAUGCAGACGUACAAGCGCCCGUGAUCAUAUGGUAAUGCCACCUAACCAAAACGCCGCGAGUAUAGCUGGAACAGCAACCUCACCAAACGCGCACAUGGGAACCUUCGUUUAUUCAAGUCCUAAUAUACGCGCUCGAGAACAAGGCAAAAAAAUGAGUAGCCCUUACAACGCCGCAAAAGGACCAGUCACAUGCAUCUUCUGCAACAGCAGUGGUCAUAAAUCGCUUGAUUGUCAGAAGUAUUCCACAAUCGAAAAGAGGAAAACUGCCCUCCGAGAGAAAAAUAGAUGCUUCAAUUGCAGCCUUCCGGGACACUUCACUCAAGAUUGUAUGAGAUAUGGUUGCAAGGCCUGCAACGGAAGUAAACAUCAUUAUACCCUCUGUCCACAACGCGGUCACCACGAGCGCCCUGCCCAAGCACGUUUUGUAACACCGACAUCCUCAGCGCCACUAAAGGGCACAAAGACCUCGCGCGGACCUCAAAAAGAGGAAAGACGUCAACAACAACUGAAGUCACCAAAAGUGCAGGCACACGCAGUAGAGACAAAUAUCGAUCUGACCUUUCCCCCAGAACCAUCGGAUGACAGCGAAAACUCUAUAGGAACAGUACUCUCUACCAUCAAUAGCAACUCAGUUCCCACUGAAAAGAGCGAUCAAACAGUUCUCACUGAAAAGAGUGAUCAAAUAGCGGAACACGGAAACGUCUUGUUAUUGACGGGGGUUGCGAAAGUAAAGGACACGCACCGUGAUCAAUGGAAAGAGGUCGAAGUCCUUUUGGACACCGGAGCCGACCAAUCGUUUAUAAGUAACGAACUAGCUAGGGAACUUGGCAUCAAUGGCGAGUGUCAAACGAAGCUUACAGUGUAUACCUUCGGUACGGAUAUACCUAAGCAAACGAUAUGUGAAUGGACCAACUUAGAUAUUUGGGAUCAGCAGGGCAAUAAACAUUCACUGCGCCUACUUACUACACCGAUACUCACCACCCAACAGAAAAGG